AUGGCAAUGAUCAAUGGCUCGGAUGACCUUCCGCCUGAUCCCGAAAAUGAAUUUGUGUGUGAUGCCUGCUUAGCCGACGACCAAACUGAGCCUGCAAUGGGGUUUUGUUUAGAAUGCAAUGAAUAUCUAUGCAAGCCAUGCAUUGAUGCCCACCGGAGAGUGCGGGUGUAUAAAACACACCAGGUUAAAAAGGGAGAUGAGAUGCCGCGAAGCAAAACUAAAGCAGAUCGUCAACCCGUUGUCAGCAAAUGCAACUUGCAUGCUGACAAGCCUAUAACUGCGAUUUGUAAAACUCACAAUCAACUCUGCUGUGAUCAGUGUUUGAUUCUGGCGCACAAAGUUUGCGAUGAUGUUAAAUCAAUAAGUGAUGUUUCAAAAGAGUUUAUCGGUAGCGAAGAUUAUAAAACAAUAACCGAGAAACUCGAAUAUCUUCAAAUUGCGUACACUGAGAAAAUGAAAUCAGCUAAAAUGAAUUUAAAUGAAGUUGACGUUUACCACAAAAAUGCGAUCGAGGAGUUCAAAGCAGAAGUUGAUAAAAUCAAACAAACCGACAUCAUCAAGCUGAGGGCUAUUAUAGACACUUAUGAGCAUGUUCUCAGUCAAUUCAUGUGCUGGGUAAAUGACAUUGGCGUACACAAGAACGCCGAGACAUUCGAAGAACUCUUCAUUCUGGUUUGGAGGACACAACAUGAGGUUGCCAACAUCGAGAACAAUGUUCACAAGUUUUGCACCGACGACAGUAUUAUAAGAUAUCGGUUUCAAUCGGACACAUCUAUGCUUGGUCGUCUUAUGGAGAUUCCAUACCUCAUAAAAACGGUUAACAUUAAACAUGCAAGUGAUUCAACUUAUUGUUACGUUGCAGACAUAGGGAUGUUAAAAGAAAACCUGAUGCUAGUAGCUGACUAUAGGAAUUCCAGUCUGAAGAUAUAUAAUUCCGAUACAGAUGUCCUUGUUUCUUCCGCCAAACUACCAUCAAAACCAUGGCAAAUGUCAGUUACAGAGGAAGGUGGAGCUUACGUGACAAGUGAAGGCCAACCUAAAAUAUUUCACCUUAAGUCGCCAGCAACUGACCUCAGCACUUUCGAAGAGAUUACCGUAGACGGAAAAUGUUACACAGUGGACUGUUUCAACGAAACCUUGAAAGUUCAGUGUUUGUCUCCUGCCAAAACUAUUGAAGUAGAUGGAGAUGGAAAACUAGUUAGAGUGAUCAACAACGACUUAAGUAAGGAAACCACUGGGAAUGGAGAACAGUUUGUAUCAACUCCACUAUGGUCAACACAAGAUCCAGCUACUGGGUCGAUGUACCUUUCUUGCAAAAGCAAAGAUUCAAUAACAGAAAUAACGAGUGAUGACAAAGUAAAGCGGCUUGUGAAGUCAGACAAGCUGAAUUGUCCUUACGGUAUGUGCAUUGACACUGAUGGUACCAUUCUCGUAUGUAGCUUCAAAAGCAAGGACGUGUUUAGGGUGAAGAGGAAUGGAGACAUCCAGAGUGUGUUACCACAGCCUCUAGACUUUAACCCUUGGACAGUGGCGCUUGACAAACAAACAAAGAAACUGUAUGUUGGAGGACAAUCUGAUAAACUAUAUGUAUUUCAGAUCUAG